CAUAUCAACUGGGGAGAAUGCCCACAGUUAGAACCAACUGGUGAAGACAGGGAGAAAAAGCAACAAGUGAUUCUUAGCUGUCUCAAAGAGUACCCUCCGCCAAAGCCUGAAGAUAAACCUAACAGCGAAGUGUUCGAUAAACAUCAUACUGACGUCACUACAUGUGCACUGAAAAAGGAAGAAUGGUUUGGUGAGGAUGGCCAGUACAAGUUUGACAGAGCUUUGUCCGAGAUCAAAGGGAAGGGACUGAAGCCUGAGAUCUUGACAUCAAUUAUAUCCGAACACGAAUAUUGUAAAAACGAAGCU